AUGCCAGCACCAAGGCAUACGGAGCAGCUGUUUACUUGGUUUCUCAACGUGGCGAAGGCCGAUUGGAAGCAUGUCUUUUGCUGGCCAAAACCAGAGUCGCCCCGAUGUGGAAGCCAUCUUGUGGACAGACUCGGAGGUUGCUUUGCAUUGGAUCCACGGAUCUCCCUCGGCGUGGAAACCUUUUGUACGGAACCGCGUUGCGGAGAUUCAAUCUUCUACGCAAUCCUGCCCAUCCUGCAUCCUGCAAAGCCCAUCCUGCAUCCUGCAAAGCCCAUCCUGCAAGUACGAAAGUACAGCUCGUUCUCCAGACUGCUCCGGGUUACGUCAUGGGUGCUACGGUUUGUCCACAACAUUAGGAGCCCUUCUCUCAAGGACAGGGGUAUGCCAAGUUCAGAAGAGAUUAAUGCGGCAGAGCACUAUUGGAUUAGAAAUGCUCAACGUGAGGCUUUUGGGUUGCAGCCUACCACCCACACUUCUCUUCGGAACGCCUCCUUGUUUCACGACGACGAAGGGAUCCUCCGCAUGCAAGGACGUCUCCAGUACGGUGUCUUUCCUGAUGCAGUCAAGCAUCCUAUAGUCUUGCCCUCGAACCACCCUAUCACAGCCAUGAUUAUCAGGCAGACUCACUUACGGUUGUUGCACGCUGGCGUCCAAGGAACACUGACUGACCUACGAGAGGCCUACUGGGUCAUUCGAGGACGGCAAGUGGUAAAGAGGGUGGUGCACGGCUGUCGCGUUUGCAGGCGAGCGAAAGCCCGCGCGUGUACUGAGAUUGCUGGUCCCCUACCUCGGGACCGAGUAUCAGCUGCAGCGCCAUUUGAUGUGACAGGAACCGAUUAUGCUGGGCCACUCUUUUACAGACCAGCCUAUGAAGAGAGCAAUGUUUCAAGAAAAUGUUACAUCCUCAUCUUCACUUGCGCCGUAACUAGGGCAGUUCAUUUAGAGCUCACAGAAUCUAUGACUGCCGAAGACUUUUUGAAGGCCUUCAAGAGAUUUGUAUCGAGGAGAGGUGUGCCAGGAACAGUAUACUCUGAUAAUUUCCGCACCUUCAAGAGUGUGUCCCGUGAACUUUCCGUUGGCCAGCUGUCGCAGGAUCCAGAUGUGAACGGGUUCCUUACGGUACAUCGGAUCAACUGGAAGUUUAUCGUUGAGCGCGCUGCCUGGUGGGGAGGCUUUUGGGAACGCCUAAUAAAAAGCGCCAAGGUGUGUCUACGGAAGAUACUGGGAAAAAGCACCCUAACGUACAGCGAGCUUGCCACUGUUGUCACGGAGGUGGAAGCCGUUCUGAACUCACGGCCCCUGACUUAUGUUUCCGAGGAUCCAGACGAUCUCUCCGUGCUCACGCCUGGUCACUUCCUGGUUGGUAAACGUAUUUCAGCCCUUCCCUACGAGCCUGUAGCCGAGGUGCGUUCGACGUCAAACCAGCUGAGGCGACGAUGGAAGUACCGCGAGCGCUUGAUGGAGUCGUUUUGGACUAGAUGGACCAAGGAGUAUAUCCUGUACCUGAGAUCUGCGAACAUACGCAAGCCACUUUCAUCGUGCAGCGUCAAGACAGGGGACAUCGUUCUCAUAGCCAAGGAGAAUGCGCCUCGGGUGUCUUGGCCCCUUGGCCGCGUUGAAAGUACAAGAGAGAGCGCCGAUGGCCGCAUCCGAUCUUGCCAGGUCAGGAUAUCGGGGGGCAAAAUUAUCUGUAGACCAAUUCAACUGCUACACAAGUUAGAGGCAGACGAAGAUUAA